UGUCCGCAACUAAUUUAGAUGGAUCUGGAUCUCCUAUUACUGCCCUGGUUUUGAUUUCUCGCUGCUGCCUCUCUCCGUCACUGGCUACUGGAUAAGAGAAUGGCCAUGAACUCCCAUCUCCUGAUUAUAGAGCAAGAGGCAGCUAUUGACUCAGCAGAGCAGCUAUUGAUUGAAAGUGGAACCUUUGCAUUACACCCUGUAAUUCCUCCUUUUCAUUCUACUCUUCUCUAUAAUAUUGCUCAUGUUGUAACUCCCCUCUAGCUGUGUCUCUUUUCUGUCCCUUCUCACACUUUCUUCCCUUAUCUGAGUCUACCCUUACCAUCUAUUUCCCUUCUCUCAGUCCUUUCAUGCACUCCCUCUCUUUUUAUCCUCUUACGUCUCGCUGGCAGCCCAUUCCAUCUCAUUGUGCUCUCUGGCUGCCUUCAGUCAGGACCACGCCUGAAUCAAGAUGUUCACUUCCAAAUCAAGCUCUGUCUCUCCCUCUCCUUCCAUGGACCCAACAGACCCAGAGAAUUUUGAUAUCAAGACCAAGGUGCAGCUGCAGGGGGUGCUCUGGAAAAAGCCCUUUGGAAGGCAUUCAUCCAAAUGGUCCAAAAGGUUUUUUAUAAUUAAGGACAGUUUUUUGCUUUACUACGCAGAAAAUGAACGCAAGAAUUUUGAAAGUAACCGAUAUUUUAAUAUACACCCUAAGGGAGUGAUACCACUUGGCGGCUGCAUAGUGAAUGCCAAAGAAGAGCCAAACAUGCCCUAUGUCAUAGUGGUUUCUCAUGAAGAUUUCCAUGGAAGCAUUGUCUUGGCUGCAGAAUCUGAGCUGGAACACAGUCAGUGGCUGGAAAUGCUGCAUGAAUCUGGGAAGGUGACAUGGCAGAAUGCCCAGCUAGGUGAGGCCAUGAUUGAGAGUCUGGAAGCACAGGGCCUGCAGUUGGCUAAGGAGAGACAGGAGUAUUUUGAUAAACUCAUGGAGGAGACAGAGGAGCUGUGUUCACAGCGAGAGCAGAAAGAGGAACUGGAGAGAGUGAACCAGGUUCUGGAGUCUGAAAAGUGUCACUUUGAAGAACUGGUACAGGAGCUGAGAGUAGAGCAAGAGAAGAUAAAGAAGGACCUGGAUAUUACAGUUCACUGUCUAAAAGGGGUAGGGGAAGAGAAGCAGGAACUUCACUGCCUGACGCAGCAUCUACAGAAGACAAUGGAGGAGCUGUCUGUAGAGAAACAGAAGACUCUAGCCAUACUGGAAGCCACCAAGAGUGGCGUGACAGCGCCAACCAAUCACAGUGAGCUGCCUCCUCAGGGACUCCAAAGUAACCUGCAGCAAAUUGAAAGCAAAUUGCAGAAGCUGCUGGAAGAGAAGCUGCAGGCAGAAAAGAGGAUGAAGGAGAAUGAGGAGAAAUUCAGAGCACUUGAAGAGGAACGAGCAUUUUAUGUAUCGCAGUCCCAGGCACUACAGCAAUCCCUGACUGAGCUGACUGUUGAGAAGGAACAAAAAGAGCGAGAGCUAAAGUUGCAGCUGAAGGUCCAAAUGGACCUAGAAAAGAGGCUGCGGGAGGCAGAGGAGGCACUGAAGAGGCUGGAACUUGAACUGAAUUCUGCUGUGAUGAAUGGGGACAAGGAAGAGAAGAUGAGGGCAGAUGUUAGUCACCUUAAGAAGUUCUUUGAAGAAUGCAUCAGGAAUGCAGAGUUAGAAGCAAUGAAACCCGCUAUAAUGAAAAACUCAGUCUACUUGCCCAGAGCUGCCAACAGACGGAUCAAGAGCUGCCGAUUCCAUCGCCAGAGAACAAACUUUGGAUUAAUAAGGCAGUCUCACUCUUUCUUAAUAUCUCCGGCUGAGUCAAGCGAACUGCAGAACCUGAGGGAGACUGCCAGAAAUCUGAGCAGAGACCAACAUUUCAGGAAAACCCUCUUUCAGAUCUUCACCAAGCAGGAGUCUUCCCAGGAGCAGGAGAAGUGACUGAUUCCAUCACCUGGUUGAAGGUGGAUUGUGCCAUGCAGAGAAUUUGAUGAUAGCGCUUCCUUGUUCUGCUUCUUUUUCUUAAGCUAAUGUUACCAUCACACCAGGAAGCUUCCACCAUGGCAUGGAGCAAGCUACUAGUUCUGGUAACAUUACAGAAACACAUAGGGGCUUACUUACGUGCAAAUUUUCACUUCGGAAGGCUCCACCAUAAUUCUUGCAACUACGUCAGGCGUUAUUUCGUAGCAAAUAAGCGUAUUUAUCAAAAUGCGAAACUUCGUAUUGGCAAAUAACCGCUGGCGAAAAUUCGUCAGUGCCAAAGUUUCUUAGCAAAUUCUCUCUAGCGUUACUUUCUUCCUAGCAAAACUUCGUUAACAUACUUACGCUUACGUCACUUUAAAUAUGGCGGG